AUGACGGUGAUUUCAAUCUACGACUACUUCUUGGUAGAAUCUCUCAAAUGUCUUUCAAAGAUCCCACUGGAAAACCAACUCAAAGAAUGUAUUGGGUUAAGGAUACUUGUGCUGGAUUACUGCGGAGUAGUUAGCAAGUACUUCUACAAAUUUGCAGACUGCGAUGUUUUUGCCAUCCAGGACUCCAGUGAGCCGGCUCCAGAUCUACUUGACUUGUACGAUGUUGUCUAUGUUGCUGCAAAUGAACUACAGCAUGUUUCCGUUCCAAAGCCUUGCUUGAAGAUCGUUUGCACGAGAAGUCAGAUCCAAAGAAUAGAGGUUGCAGGCCAUAUUAAAAGUGGCCAAAAGGACUGCUGUGGAAAACUCAAUAUAUAG